UUCCUCCCACCCUCGUCAGUUCCAUGGCGCCUAUAGUGCGUCUCUGUCGCUCGUUCCGCGCAGUCUCCUUGAGGAAGCCUCGCCACUCGUUUUCUCUUCGUCGUUCUACCUGUUUUUCCCUCACUCCGUACGGUGGUUUUCGUCGAUGGAGGGGCGCGGGUGAACGCGGUCGGGACGACAGUCCUUCCGCGGAUUGCGGAUAUUGUGUCGCGUAGUCUCGUGCCUACGGUGUCCUUGCGUCCUUUCCAGAGAAACUCGGAGCAAAGUGACCGUGUCGUUUACCGGCGACAAAACGAAUGCUUCGUCGUCGUUCGAAGUUUCGAUCGGGAGGAUUCGUUUCACGGUCAAGCGUUCGUGCCUGGUAGUGUUCCUCGCGUCUUCCUCCGUGACGGUUCCUUUCGGACGCGACACCGGUUGAAAGGUUAGGUUUACUUCUGUCACAUCCGCGUGCUCCGUGCGACCGUACUAUUUUAACAGUGAAUCUGUCGUUCACUGUAGUGCAAUUUAAUAAUAUUCGCGAGUGUUUGUGGUAUACAACGAACAACAGCCACGAUUUCUUCGAAGCCGACCUUCGGACGCUACCACGCCUGGAAUCUUUCGACUUGGCUAACCACGAGAGCAGCAACCUCCUCUAAGGGUCAUCUUUUAGACACGCUACACGUGAAGUCUGUAAAAAAUAUUAAAAAACUAAAAAGAAGAGUGGCGAAUCGAAUUAAGGCGCGAAGGAAGUGCACGACGGUGCUCGACGUUUUCCUGGAUGGCUUCACGGUGGUCGUUUUGCCACGCUGCAAGAGGCAAUGUCCCCGUGCUCACCCGUUUUGCAGCAGCCUCAUCCAACGAAUCGCGAUAAAGCACCCUCGACGCGUCUGCUCGUCGGACAAAAGGUCUACACGGGCACAGCUUGAAUCGCCAAAGCCCCUAUUUUUCUCUUCUUUUUCUCUAUCUCUCUCCCUCCUCGCCUGAUCCUUCGACCAAGGAAGAAAAUCGUAAUCGAAGGUCAACGCCACUGCUGAUCGAUCGCUGAAGAGGUCGAGGGACGCUCAACCGGAGGAUUCUUCGAGACAAGGUGGUAUCCACGCCAGAUUGUCCCAUGAAGUCGACGGACGACGGAGCCAAAGCCGAGGAGCGAUCGUCGGCCGUGAUCAUCGAGGCGAGCUCGAGCAACCUUAGCAUCGUUCAGAGCUCCAGGUGAAUCGAGACCGAAUUGAACACGUUGAAAUACGAAACGCAUCAUCCGACCAUGUAUAAAAUCUUAAGACGCGGCUCCAGCCGCGUGUUGGUCGUCUGCGCGGUCCUCCUGAGUCUAUUACUCUGCCUGUACUAUGUCAGUCAGGCACAGGGCCCGUCCACGGGCCCUUCAGCUGCGAUCUUGAACGAAGAGCUGAGGUACGACCGGGGUCUUACCUCCAUUACACCUGACUACAUAGAGUCCCCGGACGCUAAGGUGUCCCUGGACACCUGCCCCAUCAUCGUGCCUAGGAACGUGGACAUCGACACGCAGAUGGAGUUCGAGAAGUUCGAUUUCCAACCCUCGUGGAUGAGAAGCAGGGAAUACUGGGACGAUAGCUUCGAGGCCAGGUACGCAGAGCUCAGGAAGGAUCCCACAAGACCACCACUCAAGGUGAUUCUAGUUCCCCACAGCCACACGGACCCUGGGUGGCUGAAGACGUUCGAGCAGUACUUCCACAGCUCCACCAGGAACAUCCUGAACAACAUGGUGUCGAAGCUGCAGCAGUGGCCAAACAUGACUUUCAUCUGGAGCGAAGUGUCCUUCUUGUCACUGUGGUGGGAGAGUGCCCAUCCUACGAAGAAGAUGGUCGUCAAAAGGCUGGUGAAGGAUGGUAGGCUGGAAAUGACCACCGGAGGCUGGGUGAUGACCGACGAGGCGACAUCUCACAUUUACGCCAUGUUGGAUCAGCUGAUCGAGGGUCACCAGUGGCUAAAGACCAACCUGGACGUAAUCCCAGAGUCAGGCUGGUCGGUGGAUCCGUUUGGUCACGGAGGCACCAUCCCGUACUUCCUGAAGGUUUCCGGCGCUUCCGGCACCGUGAUCCAAAGGAUUCAUUACGCGUGGAAGCAGUGGUUCGCGAAGAAACAGUACGGCGACUUCGUCUGGAUGCAGCCCUGGGAUCAAACCGGCGGGGCAGACAUGCUGACCCACAAUCAGCCGUUCGACAUCUACAACAUCAAACACUCCUGCGGUCCUCAUCCCCACGUCUGCCUCAACUUCGACUUCCGGAAGAUACGGGGCGAGUACACGGAGUACUCGGUCAGGGCGGUCGAGAUUACGCCGAACAAUGUCAAGCGAAUGGCCGAGUUGUUGUUGGAACAAUACUCCAGGACGGGAUCUUUGUUCACGCACAACGUCGUCCUAAUGCCUCUCGGAGACGACUUCAGGUACGAUCACGCGAUCGAGUGGGACCAACAGUACACCAACUACAAGAUCUUGAUGGACUACAUAAAUAGUAGGAAGGACGAGUACAACGCGGAGAUAGUGUUCGGGACGCCCAAGGACUACUUCCACGAGAUCAGGAAGCGGAUGGACGACUUCCCAACGCUGAAGGGCGACUUUUUCGUCUAUUCGGAUAUCUUCAGCGAAGGUAGACCAGCCUAUUGGAGCGGCUACUUCACCACAAGGCCGUACAUGAAGAUCCUGGACCGCGAACUCGAAGCGAACCUUCGAUCGGCCGAGAUCCUUUACACCAUCGCGUUGAACGUGGCCAAACAGUCCGGUAAGGACUUCAUGCUGUACGAAACGUACUUUGAGAAGCUGGUGAAGGCAAGACGGAAUUUGGGCCUGUUCCAACACCACGAUGCCAUCACUGGUACCUCCAAGUCAUUCGUCAUGAAGGAUUACGCUCUGAAACUGUUCGAGUCCAUUUCGGACACCACCAGUCUGCAGAGCUUCGCUAUUCAGUCUUUGGCUGGGACGACCACCAAGCCAAAUUCCGUUUAUGUCCUAGCCGAAUCGGAUAGGGAUAGCUACGAAAAGCUACCAAAGAAGAUUCCCAUAGGAGUCAACGGGCAGGAGACGAAGAAGAUUGUCCUGUUCAAUCCUUUGGCUCAACCCAGGCAGGAGGUGAUCAGUCUAAAAGUCACCUCAUAUAAAAUUAAAGUACUAGACCCUCAGAAGAAUCCCAUUCCCUAUCAGAUCGCGCCAGUGAUGAACGCUACGAGUAUCACACACGACGUGUACGUUCUGUUGUUCAUGGUAGAGCUGAAACCCUUAGCCAUCGCGACCUAUCAUAUCCAGCAGAUCGACAAGGUACCAGUGGAGGCAAUCUCAACGGUCUACUGCAGUAGAUGCGGCAAGGACAGUGUAUUCCCCAUGAAACCCUUGCAGGUGGGCGACGUUCAGUUGGAGAACCAACGAAUGAAGCUUCUGUUCGAUGGACAGACCGGGUUUCUGAAGAGGGUGACGAAAAAGGCAACCGGUAAGAUCAUGCAGUGCACCAUUCAGUUCGCAGCCUAUCCGUCCGCGCAGUUUCACAGCGGUGCAUAUCUGUUCAUGCCCGACCCGAACCUCCGAGACACCGAUAAAGACGUCCUCGAGGCGUACACGCCCCACCAGAAGAUCUACAUCGUCAGUGGUAGCCUCAGUUCACGGCUGACCGUCGAAUACGGGAAGUUACUAACACACCACGUGGCCAUUUAUCAUAGAGACGGUGGUCUGGGCGAGGCUAUCUAUGUGAGGAACAUAGUGGACUUCGAAACACCACCAAAGAACCGCGAGACAGAGAUGUUCAUGCGUCUACAGACUGACAUUCUGAAUGGAGAUCCACCAGAGUUCUACACAGACCUAAACGGACACCAGAUGAUCAAGAGGACGAAGAUAGAGAGGAUCGGGAUCGAGGGUAACUACUUUCCCAUAACCACGAUGGCCUACAUCGAGGACACCAAUCACAGGCUCACUCUGCUGGUGAAUCAUUGUCAAGGAGCUGCCAGUUAUCAACCAGGCUGGCUGGAAGUGAUGCUGGAUCGAAGAACCUUAUACGACGACUCGCGAGGAAUGGGAGAGGGUCUACUGGACAAUCGAAGAACCGUCAUCAAGCACUGGCUACUGUUAGAGGAUAUCACAGGGGAGAAGGACAAGUACUCGAAGCCAUCCCUGUUCGCCAAUCACCUAAGCAACGCGCUUAACUAUCCCGUGAAUAUCUUCGUGGUGGACGGGACAGAUGGCGACAUCGCGAUGGUGCCGGAGGUUAGGCUACUAAGUCAGAGCUUCCCUUGCGACGUUCACCUGCUCAAUCUGAGGACCAAUCACGAUCAGAAACUGCCACAUUUCCCGGUGAACAACGCGUUGAUGGUGCUUCAUAGACAGGGCUACAGCUGUUCCGUGGGGGUGGACAUUACCCUUAAACACUGUCCGCUGACGGAGAAGAUCCCUCAAGGCACCUCGUUCUUCAAGCUCGCGAACCUAAACAUCACCAAAACCACGCUGACAGGUACGAAGACGAUGCAUCGGCUGAGGAACGGUCUCCAGGAUGUCAGCCUCCAGCCGAUGGAGGUCGAAACGUUCAACGUGAACUUCGUCCAAUGAUCGUAAGCCUGCUUCUCGGGGUGAAGCUCGCCACCGGGAGCCAGGAAUCGUUUUUAGUCUUCGCGAUGCUGACGCCUAUGGUCCAAAAGCGUUCGUCUACCUUCUGGACAGGACACUGCCGAUCUGCUUAACCCUGGCAGAUGCUACCUCUUCGGAACUUCGUGCAAUUCGUUGAAACUUUAGACCGUUUACGUAGGAUACUUGCGAAUUCCAUGUUCUUUUUUACCCUGUGUUUUAACGUCGACCCUCCCCCCCAUCGGGGAUGAAGCCUCUCAAGUGUAAAUAUUUGACGCGUCGCCGUGGCGAGGUUGAUUGGCGAUCCAACGGGACGAUAACGUUCCAAUCUGUCCACAUCCCAGUGUACAUACACAACCAGGCUAUCGUACUCUAUUCCGUUUCUUCAGUUCAGUUUCCCUAGACGAAGACUAGGACGACGAGCUAGGAGGAGAGAGUCGAAGGGAGAGAAAUGAAAUCGUGCAGACCUGCUGUCCUCUAGCUCACGCGUAAACUUGCAAGCUUCCUCGUGCCUCUCGGAUCACUCUCAUCGAUUUUAGCAACUAUAGUAACAACAUAUUAAUACUUGGUUCGCUCUGGCCACUUUCGAGGCUCUUUGUCCACAUUCUCUGUUGUGGGGAUUCAGUUUGGGUCUUCAGUUCGUGGAGAGUGGGUCUCGAAAGUGCGCCAAUAUAGACUGACAACACAAUCAAACGUUCAAAGUGCAUUACACAGGCUCCUGAUCGAUGUAAAUGUAGGGAUUCAGCUCGAGCGAGAUGCACGAGAAAAGCGAACGACGAACAGGAUGCUCCAUUCAGCCUGACUACUUGAUUCCCCCAUUGUUAUGGGGUUUAUUUUUUAGUUUAUAUUCCAUAGAUUCUUAAGCCAUUCCUACGAGUGAACAGCAGUAAGGGGCCAAAUCUGAAUCGACGGUGGGGGCCUCUCGCGGCGAAACUAGGAAACUCUUGGCAAGAGUAGACCUAUGCUUGUCCCUCCUGCACAUUACUCCUGUUGGCCCCUUAUCAGAGCUGUACUUAUAACCUAUACUUCUAAUCAAACUACUUCUAUUCCUUAUCCUCUCCAACACUUCAGAUCACUCAGUAUAGGACAAUAAUAAAUUAAUUCUAUGAUAUCCAAUCUUUCUGACGAAAACUCUUGAUUCACUAAAUUAUUUCAAGUGGUCAGACCGAAAACGGCACCAUGUAGAUACUAUAAAUAUUAUAUAAUAUUGUACAUAUCAAACCACUUUACCUUAGACCGUAUAUUGUGAUAGCAAAGUAAAUAAUGUAAAUCGUAUACACCUAUUUUCAUAUGUGAAACGUUUUACGAGGGACUCUCUCUUCCUCCUCGGGCAGCCGAAGCAGAGAAAGAAAAUCAUCGCCAGGACACUCUGGUGACUUCCAACCACGGUUUUAUGCACAGGUCUGGAAAAUUCCACGGUGGUGGUAUCCUGAAUUUCCGCCAGCCACGUGGCGCUGCUAUCGCUAUGGCGAAUGCGUUAAUGGCGAAGCAUAUUUAUAAAAUGAAGGGGAUCAUUACCACCAUGGGAGUUUUUUGGACCUCUGUAUACGAGCGUGCUUCCAACGCUCUUCCAAUUCUAGCGGGGACACGAUUUAGUUUCGUGGCCGGCCCUGACCGGCUGGAAAGUACCUAUUUUUUACUUUUGCUAAGCGUAUCCGGCUGAACAUUGCGAACAGGCGUUUUGCUGUACGACAGACUCGUGUAAAUAUUAGACUAAUUUAGCGAGAAAAUAAAAGUGUGUCGCGUUUUUAGAGGCUGGCAGCUGCUGGACCUCGCGUUUCUCUGGUGAUGACACGUGUCCUCUGUCACUGAAGGGAACAGACAAUAGGUUUUAUCUUAAUUUUCGUUCACCUUCGAACCUGCUUUUAACUCUCUGACCAAAUGACCAUAGAACUCUGUUCGUUAAGUUUUAAUUAAUAAAAGGAAAUAAUUGUUGUUAGAAAGAAUACUUUCUAUUACCUAUUGGUUUUAUUUUCUUGUUAUACAAGAACAAUAUUUUAGAAUUGUUUAAUUUAUUUUUAAUUUAUAAAAUGGCAUACUGUUCCUUCGAGUGACCUAAAGCAAGGAGUGUACAUGCUGGCUUUGAACAAAAUGGUUCUUCACCAUGAAACCACCAUGAGAUUCGCGAGGGAACCAAUGGGAAAAAAAAAUAGAGAAAAUGAUCGCCGGAGAUCCGUGACUGUCCUUGUAACGAUAUUGUAACAUAUUACGUGUUUGUGCUGUCUCUAGAGAAGAAAGAUCUAUAUUAAAGAUGGUAUAUGUAUACACGUGUACGUGUGUGGUACGCGUAUAUAGAGAUUAUAUUUGCUAGGACUGUGUGCAAAACUGUUUGCGACCAGUCAGGCAGACGAGGACAAUUACACACCACGGUAUUCCUUAUGUUACAAUGUAAUAUUAUAUUUAUUGAAUAAAGAUAGUAACUGACGUAUUUUAA